AUGGACUGGCUAGUUUUCUUGUUUUUAUCCAAUUUCUCUAUUAUUUUUCCAGAUUCUUUCGAUUCUUCUCCUUUAUUAGUCCCAUUAACUUGUUGGAUACCUCCUCCUAAAAUACAACAAGUUCUUUCUUUUACAAUGCCUCAAUGGAAAGCUUCACGUACUACAAUAUUACAACCAACUUAUAAUCAUCAACAUUUAUUAGUUGCUGGAAAUGAAUUAGCUCCAGGAUGUAUUUAUAUGUUCCAUAUUGCUUCACAAUUAUUAAUUCGGACAUUUACUACACCAAAACACUCACAGGUCACCUCUUUGUGUGCCUCUAGAUGUAAAGAAAAAAACACAAACAUUUCAAUCCAACAACAACAACAUUUCUUUACAAGUGCAACAUCUGAGGGAACAAUUCAAAUUUGGAGUUUUACACAAGCAGACCCUUUAAAAUCCUUGGAAGUUAGUUCUACACGGAUUUUUACAACAGCUUUGAGUAGUGACGAUAAAUGGAUUGUUGCCGGUUCUGCAGAUUCUUGUGCAAGAAUUGUAACUUUAGAUAGUGGGAAAGUAACAAAAGUUUUUCGUGACCAUACAGGACCAGUAGUUGGUUUACAAAUUUCGUCAGACGAUUCUUUGUUGGUUACUGGUUCUGGUGAUUUUGCUGUUAUGGUUUGGGAUAUUGAAAAGGAAAUUAUUAUUACUCGUCUACAAGGAAAUGAUGCCUUUUUGGCUGUUGCUUGUGAAGAUGAAACUUUGAGAGUAUUUUCUCUUGUAUCGGCACAAGAAUUGCAUGAACUAGUAGGGCAUGAAUCGAGAAUUAAUGCUUUACAGUCAUCUGCCGAUGAUUGCAAAUUAUUUGCUGGAACAAAAGGAAAAAUUCUUGUUUAUGAUAUUCACAAUGGACAACUUUUGGAAAUUUUAUUAUUUCCGCAAGAAAGACAACCGAUUUCCUCAAUUAAAAUAAGUGAUGAUGAUAGCUUUGUUUUGGCUGUAGCUGGUGAUAGAGUAAGUAUUUGGGCAACAAAUUCAAUAGACAGAGACGUUGCUUCAGCACAUCAAAAGGAACAACAAAAAUUAUUAAAGGAAUUAAAUUUAAAUUAUCGAAGUAGAUCAGAAACUAAUGAAUCUGCAGAAAGUCAAGCAUCUUUAAUUAAUAAUAAUUUAAUGGGUAAUAAAGAAGGAAUAAAUGAUGAACAAUUACCUAAUAGUAGUGUUUCUUGUAUUCAAAUAGCACCAGAUGAGAAGGUUUGGAAGAGGGAAAAAUACAAAGAAAAUAUAGAAAUCAGAAUUUUAAAAAAUACAGAGAAAUUAAAAAUCAGAAUAAACAAACAGAAUAUUCUUUAUUACAGAAAAUCAGAAUUUUAA